AUGAACUGGAUGCCCACGUACGCCAAGCUGCAUCCCGGUGCAGUGUUUUUUGUGCUACUACUGACCUGCACGCCACGGCAUUCGUGUACCGUUGAUAGCAGACCGGCAUCGACCGAUGUUGAGAUACCCAAACUACAACAAUGUAUUGCCGGUGCGGACACUCGCCUUAGGUGCGGUAUCAAGGAGCAUCAUGCGGAUCAUAUGAAUUCUUCCGAUGUGCAGUGGUACUUUAAGCCGUGCGGCGGUGGUGGCUUUCAGCACAUGACAUGCAGUAACCCUGCCAUCCUGGACACGCUCGAUUGGCAUCCGCUUGAGUGCGAUAAUAAGCCAUGCAAGGUCACGCUGACCAUACACAACGUUUCGGAAACGGACGCCGGACUGUACCGGUGCACGAUACAUCCCUACCGGACGGACAAUCAAACCCAGCUAGACAUACAGCUCGUCCGAACGUUCGAACUGGUGGUGACAAAGUGGCCGCUCGAUGAGUCAAUACCGGCACCCGAACUGUUGGACAAUCUGCCCGCCAAUACGACGGCUAUCAUUGACACGCAAAUCGUCCUGCAGUGUCUGGUGCGCAGCAAGGUGCAACCCACCAUUAAGUGGUUCCGGCGUAUCAACAAACCGCUCGGGGAGCACAACUUCAAUCAGAACAAAUCGAUCCGGUAUUUGGAGAAUUCCUACGAGCUGCUACCGUCGGCUGGCGAAAAGCUCCUGUCGUACGAUGUCUAUCUGAGCAAGUUGAUCCUGUACAAUGCGUCCGAGCGCGACAUCGGGAUAUACGUGUGCGUCGGCAUUAAUUAUGUCGGUGUCAGCAUGGCCGAUGCGUACGUCAAUCUUGUGCAUACCAACGGGAUGCCGGUGCAGGGGUCAGCCGGUGGAUACGUAGGGCUUAUGGUGCUCUUUCUAAUACCGAUUGCACUGGCGGUUGUUCCUCUGAUAGGCUGGGUAGUGUUAAAUGUAUUACGCGCAAGGCAUCACUCCGAGGAAAAGUCACUGGUGCAUCAACCCGCUGCUACCAACGCUUACGAACCACACCUGCAACGACAUCACGGCAGGAAAUGUAUCAGACCGGACAAAAGAGAACAUUUGUAUGAAACGGUUAAUAUGGUGUGA